AUGAGGAAGGUGGAAAGUUUAGAAACAGACAAACAAGUAAUCCACAAGGAAGAGGUUAAGAAGGGGGACGAAGAGGAGGAGGUGAAGGUGAACGAGGAGGCUGGGUUAGCAGUGAAGGGGAACGAAGAGGAGAGUGGGGUAGCAGUGAAGGGGAACGAAGAGGAGGAGGCUGGGGUAGCAGUGAAGGGGAUCGAAGAGGAGGAGGCUGGGGUAGCAGUGAAGGGGAUCGAAGAGGAGGAGGCUGGGGUAGCAGUGAAGGGGAACGAAGAGGAGGAGGCUGGGGUAGCAGUGAAGGGGAACGAAGAGGAGGAGGCUGGGGUAGCAGUGAAGGGGAACGAAGAGGAGGAGGCUGGGGUAGCAGUGAAGGGGAACGAAGAGGAGGAGGCUGGGGUAGCAGUGAAGGGGAACGAAGAGGAGGAGGCUGGGGUAGCAGUGAAGGGGAACGAAGAGGAGGAGGCUGGGGUAGCAGUGAAGGGGAACGAAGAGGAGGAGGCUGGGGUAGCAGUGAAGGGGAACGAAGUGAAGGAGACCGAUACUGUCACAGAGAUCAGUCCUGGUCAGGAUGAAGAGAUCGCCCGGGGUGAGAGCUCGAAGAAGAAGGUUCCAGUGUUUUUCUUUGGAACUCACCAGACAGCAUCCAUACCCACUGAAAAUAUAGUGACCUACGUAGGGAACAAGGGCAGAUAUGGGAAAGGAGUGCGCAUUAGAGGUUUCACAGAGGGAAUGUGGGAGAUAGAGAACACUCCUAGAGUAUGCAGUAAACAGAAGGUGGGUGUUACCCCAGCUAGUGGAAAAGUGGAAAAGCCAGACCCGUCCAAGACAUGUGCACCGGUCAAAGCCCCUAAAACACAAGCAAAGACUAUCAAGGCAGUGAUGGCCCCGGGAAACAAGGCGUUACCGGGAAACAAGGCGUUACCGGGAAACAAGGCGUUACCGGGAAACAGAAAAACAUCUGCCGACGGUCGACAGAGAACCGACACGCCGGCCAACACAAGAGCUGAGAAAAGGAAAAAGAUCGGAAUGCAUUCUUCCCAGGACGAGCCUGUCCAAGGGCACAAGACAGCCCCGGCCAAUUCAGCUGUAAUCCCACCAGCCAGCAAGAAGACUAGAUUGACGGAGGAGAAAAGCUCGUCCACUCAAAAGAGCGAGAAGACCACAGAAGAGAGAAAGAAACAGGAGGAGAGUAGAGGGAGGAAGAGGAAAAAGGAUGAUGAGGGAGAGAAGAUAAAGGAAGUUGGUGUUGAAGAGGGAAAGAUUGAAGUCAGGAAGAUGAGGAAGGUGGAAAGUUUAGAAACAGACAAACAAGUAAUCCACAAGGAAGAGGUUAAGAAGGGGGACGAAGAGGAGGAGGGUGGGGUAGCAGUGAAGGGGAACGAAGAGGAGGGUGGGGUAGCAGUGAAGGGGAACGAAGAGGAGGGUGGGGUAGCAGUGAAGGGGAACGAAGAGGAGGGUGGGGUAGCAGUGAAGGGGAACGAGGAGGAGGAGGCUGGGUUAGCAGUGAAGGGGAACGAGGAGGAGGAGGCUGGGUUAGCAGUGAAGGGGAACGAGGAGGAGGAGGCUGGGGUAGCAGUGAAGGGGAACGAAGAGGAGGAGGCUGGGGUAGCAGUGAAGGGGAGCGAAGAGGAGGAGGCUGGGGUAGCAGUGAAGGGGAACGAAGAGGAGGAGGCUGGGGUAGCAGUGAAGGGGAACGAAGAGGAGGAGGCUGGGGUAGCAGUGAAGGGGAACGAAGAGGAGGAGGCUGGGGUAGCAGUGAAGGGGAACGAAGAGGAGGAGGCUGGGGUAGCAGUGAAGGGGAACGAAGAGGAGGAGGUUGGGGUAGCAGUGAAGGGGAACGAAGAGGAGGAGGCUGGGGUAGCAGUGAAGGGGAACGAGGAGGAGGCUGGGGUAGCAGUGAAGGGGAACGAAGAGGAGGAGGCUGGGGUAGCAGUGAAGGGGCACGAAGUGAAGGAGGCCGAUACUGUCACAGAGAUCAGUCCUGGUCAGGAUGAAGAGCGUCGGCGGCGUCUGGCGGCCAGGAGAGAGAGUGUCCUGAAGUCUCUACAAGGACUUCUCACGAGAAGGAAGGGCCUGAGGAGACAGAGCUUUAAACCUACACGGACCCCGAAAAAUGGAGCUGGAGGGAAGAAAGCUGAAGAGAAGAAGAGUAGAAAGACAGGCGGGCAGAAAAGGGACAGAAAAACAGCGAGUAAGACAGCAGGCGGAAAGACAGCAGGCGGAAAGACAGCAGGCGGAAAGACAGCAGGCGGAAAGACAGCAGGCGGAAAGACAGCAGGCAGCAAGACAGCAGGCAGCAAGACAGCAGGCGACAAGACAACAGGCGGAAAGACAGCAGGCGGAAAGACAGCAGGCGGAAAGACAGCAGGCAGCAAGACAGCAGGCGACAAGACAGCAGGCAGCAAGACAACAGGCGGCAAGACAGCAAGCGACAAGACAGCAGGCAGCAAGACAGCAGGCGACAAGACAACAGGCAGCAAGACAGCAGGCGACAAGACAACAGGCGGCAAGACAGCAGGCGACAAGACAGCAGGCAGCAAGACAGCAGGCGACAAGACAGCAGGCAGCAAGACAGCAGGCGACAAGACAGCAGGCAGCAAGACAGCAGGCGACAAGACAGCAGGCAGCAAGACAGCAGGCGACAAGACAGCAGGCAGCAAGACAACAGGCGACAAGACAGCAGGCAGCAAGACAGCAAGCGACAAGACAGCAGGCAGCAAGACAGCAGGCAGCAAGACAGCAAGCGACAAGACAGCAGGCAGCAAGACAGCAGGCAGCAAGACAGCAGGCGACAAGACAGCAGGCAGCAAGACAGCAGGCAGCAAGACAGCAGGCAGCAAGACAGCAGGCAGCAAGACAGCAGGCGACAAGACAGCAGGCAGCAAGACAGCUGGCGGAAAGGCAGCAGGCGACAAGACAGCAGGCGACAAGACAACAGGCGGAAAGGCAACGGACAGGAAGAAAACAGAAGUAAAAAAAUUGGAAGGCAAAAAAACUGAAUGUAAGAAACCUGAACAAAAGAUGGAGAAGAAAGUGGAGAGCAAGAAAUCAGCGGAGGCUAAGAAGCCCGACUCGACCCGGCGGCGGCUACGAAGCCCGACUCGACCCGGGCGGCGGCUACGAAGCCCGACUCGACCCGGGCGGAGGCUACGAAGCCCGGACUCGGCCCGGGCGGAGGCUACGAAGCCCGACUCGACCCGGGCGGAGGCUACGAAGCCCGACUCGACCCGGGCGGAGGCUACGAAGUCCGAAGCCAAGAAACUGGAGACAGAAAAGGAAGAGAGGCGACAGGAGGAGGAGCCUAAAUCACCUCAGUGUACCAGGGGACGGCCAGAAAACAGACAGCUUGUCUAAGCUACAUACCACUAAAGAAUCUUUCAGUCUAACGGACUCCACCCUGCACCGUAUA